GGCCCCGCCCCCUCAGCCCAAUGUAUAAGGCAGCAGUGACAGCUGCCCCGCCCACUGCACCGAGUCACUAACAGGAAAGGAGCCCAUCGGGUGUCAUCUCUGCAGCCAAAAAUGUUUAAGACGAUGAAGCAAGUUUUAUUUUCCUCUGGAAUUGAGAACCCAAAGUGGAAAGCUUUGGACACUCAGUCUUCGGAUUAUGAAUUGCGACAAUAUGAAGCUGCAAAGUGGGUGAGCACCGAGAUGUCAUCGGUGAAAGAAUGGGACAGCGCUGUUAGUACAGGCUUCAUGCGUCUCUUCGGCUUUAUUCAGGGGAACAAUGAAAAAAAAAUGAGUGUUGCCAUGACUGCCCCAGUGACCACAUAUGUACAGCCAGGAGAAGGGCCAGCAUGUGAAUCCACAAUUACCGUUUCAUUUUAUAUCCCUGCCGAGCAACAGAGUGAUCCACCCAAACCUUCUGAAAGUAAUGUAUUUAUUACAGAAAGGCCAGAGAUUACCGUCUAUGUCAGGUCCUUUGGAGGGUUUACUAGUGCAGCAAAAAACCAGGAGCAGAUCCUACAGCUUUCCGAAUGCUUGAAACGGGAUGGAAAAGCUUUUGACGAGAAUGUCUACUACACUGCUGGCUACGACAGCCCAUUUAAACUCCUAAAUAGACACAAUGAGGUUUGGUUGCUGGCAAAACAGUAAAAACCUAUACAAAGACCUUCAUGCAUUAAUAAUAUACAUCUGAAGUGAUCCCAUAAACUUGUCUAAAAAAAGCAUCAAAUAU